UUUCUUUUUGUGUUUAUCGUUUAUUGCUGCCAAAAGUGUGCCGCAUUGUGUUUGAAAUAAUAAUAAAUGUAUUUGUUUGGUAUUUUCUGCGUAGUGAAAUAUAUUUUUCUGCGUGUACAGGCGUGGUUUCUGCCAAAGAUAAAAUUCAACCCUAAAACUCACGACCCUGAGUCGGUGCGCAUUGAUGGCUCCGGACGUUGCUACCCCGAUUGUGCCUCAGAUGUUUGGUUGCGCUCCUGCGAGCAAGAAAUCAUCGAACCCAUUGAAGGACAUAUCAGCGGACAUAUUCCCGCUUGGUUGAAUGGCAGUUUAUUGCGCAAUGGUCCUGGAAAUUGGAAGGUGGGCGAAAUGAUGUUCCAACAUUUAUUCGAUUGCUCGGCGCUGGUACAUCGAUUUGCUAUAAAGAAUGGACGAGUCACAUAUCAGAAUCGAUUUGUGGAGACUGAAACAUUGAAGAAGAAUCGUGCAGCACAACGUAUAGUGGUAACGGAAUUUGGCACAGCAUCGGUGCCGGAUCCUUGUCACACGAUAUUCGACAGAGUCUCAGCGAUAUUUCGACCUGACAGUGGUUCUGACAACUCAAUGAUAUCAAUUUAUCCAUUCGGAGAUGAGUACUACACAUUUGCGGAGACACCAAUGAUGCACAGAAUUAAUCCACGCACACUAGCCACUGAGGGCCGCAUCUGCGUUACCGAUUUUGCAGGUGUGGUGAAUCACACCUCACAUCCUCAUGUGCUGCCCAAUGGCACUGUCUAUAAUCUCGGUAUGGCCGCCACCAAAUCAGGCCCGGCUUAUAAUAUAAUUUGUUUUCCACACGGCGAGCAAAUGUUUGAGGAUGCCCAUAUUGUGGGUGCGAUUUCGUGUCGCUGGAAGCUGCAUCCGGGCUAUAUGCACACAUUCGGCAUCACAGAGCAUUAUUUUGUCAUUGUUGAACAGCCCCUCUCCGUUUCCUUGACAGAAUUUGUCAAAGCCAGUAUAUCCAAUCAACAACUGGCGUCGUGUCUCAAAUGGUUCGAGGAUAAGCCCACACUGUUCCAUCUGAUGGAUCGUGAAACUGGCAAAGUGCGCUAUACCUUUCAAUCGGAGGCCUUCUUCUAUCUACACAUCAUUAAUCAGUAUGAGGAGGACAAUCAUGUGGUGAUCGACAUCUGCUGCUAUAAAGAUCCGGAAAUGAUUAAUUGCAUGUAUCUGGAGUCGAUUAUGAACAUGCAAUCGAAUCCGAAUUAUGCGUCACAUUUUCGUGGACGUCCAUUGCGUUUUGUGCUGCCCUUAGGUGCUGAAAAUGCGGAUGUAGUGACGAUUAAAGAUCGGCCGACUAAUCAACGGCCGGUAGUGAAAUCCUUCUCGCUAUCAGGUAUUAGCACGCGUCUGCAGCCACCGAAGAUGAAGCAUUCAGAGUCAAAUUAUGAGGACAUAGCAAAUAUGGCCAUACAAAAAUUGGAAGAGGAGGAGAUGCUGGGGUAUAGCAGCAACGCUGGUGAUGGGAGAGAGCAAACGAAAGAGGGAGUUGAGGGUGAAACAAUGGUGAAUUUGGUCACUUUGGAGUACAGCAAAGCGGAGGCGUAUCAAUUAAGAAAUCGCAGCAUCAUGGUGCGUCCAGAGUUGCUGUGCGACUGGGGCUGUGAGACGCCGCGUUUCAAUUACGACAAGCAUUUGGGCAAGAAAUAUAGGUAUUUCUAUGCGAUUAGUUCGGAUGUGGACGCGGAUAACCCAGGCACGCUCGUCAAAGUCGAUGUAACAACGAAGACUGUACAGAAGUGGUGUGAACCGAAUUGCUAUCCCAGCGAACCCGUCUUCGUGCCUGCGCCCGAUGCCAACACAGAAGAUGAUGGUGUGGUGUUGGCUUCUAUGGUUUGGGCUGGCUUAAAUGAUAACUCUGUCGGCCUGCUGGUGCUAUGCGCUAAAACGUGGACUGAGCUGGGACGUUGUGAGUUCCACACAAAUGGACCGGUGCCAAAGUGCCUGCAUGGCUGGUUCGCUGCCGGUGUGGUGUAACCAGUGCUGCCAAUGAACGCAAUUCUCAAUACUUAAAUACUUAGGUAUAUUAUUUAUGCUAGGCACGCUGUUUUAGUAAAAUUUGCCGGAGUUUUUAUUAAAUUACUACCUUUUAAAUAUACAG